AUGCUCGGCAGAGGAGGCCGAGGAGGGAAGCUCCCCGUGCGGCUCUCCAACACGCCGGAGUCCCGCCCCUUAUGGGGCUCGGGGUCGGGCCCAGGGGGAGUCGCCACCAUUGCGUCCCACGAUUGGAGCGCCAACGGAAGCCCAGAAGAUGGGCUGGACGGCGGGGACAACGAGGACAAGGCCAUCGACGGCGACGCCGAGGGGGUGUGGAGCCCGGACAUCGAGCAGAGUUUCCAGGAGGCCCUCGCCAUCUACCCGCCGUGCGGCCGCAGGAAGAUCAUCCUGUCGGACGAGGGCAAGAUGUAUGGUCGUAAUGAAUUGAUAGCGCGCUACAUCAAACUGAGGACGGGGAAAACUCGCACAAGGAAGCAGGUGUCUAGUCACAUACAGGUGUUAGCACGGAAGAAAGUUCGCGAAUACCAGGCGGGUAUCAAGGUUUCUAGCCACUUGCAGGUUCUCGCCCGGAGAAAAUCUCGCGAGAUCCAGUCAAAGCUAAAGGCGAUGAAUUUGGAUCAGGCGUCCAAAGACAAAGCCCUCCAGAACAUGGCGACGCUGUCGUCGGCGCAGAUCGUCUCUCCGAGCAUGAUCAAGAAUCAUCUCCCGCCGAUGCCCCCCGCCCCCUACCAGCCAGGGAGAUUCUGGCCCGCGCCGAUUCCGGGACAACCUGGACCUUCUCAGGAGCUGGUUCUAGAUCUCAACCCGGGACGGACUCCUGGGCUUGGCCGCACCAGCCAUGCUAUCAAACCUUUUGCACAGCCCCCGUACCCGAGCCUAUCAGGUCCUGUACCGCAGUCCAUACCAAGUUACGAACCCCUGGCGCCGCCUCCGGCGCCCACAGCUACGGCGGUGCCAGUGUGGCAGGACCGGACCAUCGCCUCCUCGAAGCUGCGUAUGUUAGAGUACUCGGCCUUCAUGGAAGUCCAGAGGGACCCUGACACUUACAGCAAACACCUGUUUGUCCACAUAGGACAGACCAACCCGUCCUACAACGACCCCCUCCUGGAGGCCGUGGAUAUCCGGCAGAUCUACGACAAGUUCCCCGAGAAGAAGGGCGGCCUGAAGGAGCUUUACGAGAAAGGCCCCCAGAACGCCUUUUUCCUGGUUAAAUUUUGGGCCGACCUGAACAGCAGCGGCAUGCAGGACGGCCCCGGGUCUUUCUACGGAGUCACCAGCCAGUACAGCAGCGCCGAGAACAUGACCAUCACCGUUUCGACCAAAGUCUGCUCCUUCGGGAAGCAGGUGGUGGAGAAAGUCGAGACCGAGUACGCCCGCCCGGAGGGGGGCAAGUGCGUUUACAGGAUCCACCGCUCCCCCAUGUGCGAGUACAUGAUCAACUUCAUCCACAAGCUCAAGCACUUGCCCGAAAAGUACAUGAUGAACAGUGUUCUUGAAAACUUCACCAUCCUGCAGGUGGUAACGAACCGGGAGACCCAGGAGACGUUGCUGUGCAUCGCGUUCGUGUUCGAGGUGUCCACCAGCGAGCACGGCGCCCAGUACCACGUCUACAGACUUGUGAAGGACUAAGCAAAAACAAAAACGGAAAAAAAAAAAAGUGAAAACACGCCGUCCCCCCCCCCUCUCUUCAACCGGGCAAAACCAGGAGCAUCGAAGAAAAACAGACACAAAAAAAAAAAAAUUGACGACAAUCACACACACUCGCAUUUGCAGACCAGUCCCUUGUGUUGAAACUCGCUUUAGAUGAAGCGGAGGUACGCCAAAGGAGCUUGAGGGAACGAGAAGGUGUUGAGAUGACUCAGAGCAAGGAAGAGAAGACGGAACUGGAUCACAGAAGAAGAGGAAGCGGCGUCGUAGUAGGGAAGAAAAGUGCCUUUUUUUUCCUCCAAAGAUAUCCUUGCCUGCCACUUUGAAUUGCCUUUUGUACUACCUCUUCUUUUUAAUUUUUUUUUUUUUCAAAUAACAGUUCAUCAUUCAUUUGGAAAUGAGCUUUUCACGACGACAUUUCUCAGUGGAAAGACUUUCUGCCUUAUUUUUGUGGUACUGCCCGUCUGUUUGAAAUCUCGUUUUACGCAGGGUACACACACAGUCCCCCACAAGGAUUUGUGGUAGUACAUUUUGAACAGGUUUUAUAUUUAUGGGGGCAAAAAAAAUAAUCACUCACUGCAUCCCACACCACAGGAUAAUUUAUUAGAGACUUCAAAAAAAUCAAGCCCUUAGCGACUUUCAUUGUAAAAGGAGAAUGCAAAAAAUUUGGUACAAUUACCGUAAUUUCCGGCCAAUGAGCCGCUACUUUUUCACACGCUUUCAACCUUGCGGUUUAUGCGGCGAUGCGGCUAAUUUGUGUGUUUUUUUUUCUAACGGCCGCGAGGGGGCACUCGAGCGGAAAAGGUAAGCGUGAGAACCGGUGGAAUAUAUGUGCCGAGGAAGUGACUUUUACUGGUCUGGCCCUGUUAGCGUGUUACUGCCGUGUCUCUGUGAUUUUUACCAGUAUGUUUUUUUUUUUUUUUUUUUCAAUCGGAGUGACGGUCUGAGCGCUCCCCCGUGCUGAACAGUCUCCUUGAGAUUAAUGUGCAUGCGUUACGAGCAGGGGAACUCUGGGUACGUAGCAGACGCUUACUGGGAAAUGUCCCGGUCUCAUAGUUCCCCUUCUUCUACAUAGAGGGAGCUAACAUACGGUAUAACCAAACCUUAAAACAAAAGUUGAUAAAAAGAUAUGCACACAUAUGUAUGUUCGUCGUGUUCGUCUCUGAGAUGUCCAUCACGACUAUGAACACUUGGUAACAAGUUGUCGAAUGGCACGUUGAAUCAUGGAUGGGGAUGGUUCAGAUUUGCCAGAAGUUGACAAAAUUAUAUUAAUGCACAUGCGCGUAAAUCACAAGAAGAUUUUUCAGCACCGGGAGAGCUCAGAUUGUCACACCGGCCCUGUUAGCACGGCGGCGCUAGCUAGCGUUAGGACCGUGGCGCUGCUAGCGUUAGCGCGUGUGGCGGUGGCGCUAGCGUUGAACUCUCUGUGUACCGUCUUUCUUUGUAAAUAUCUCGUGUUUCAAUGUGGGCACUUGCGGCUUUUACACGGCUGCGGCCUAUGUAUGUAGCAAACGGUAUUUCCUUUACAAAUAUACUGGGUGAGGCUUAUAACCAGGUGCGCUCUCUAGGCUGGGAAUUACGGUAUAAAUAUGUGUGUACCCUGCUUCAAUCGGUGUUGACCACACACAAGGUAUUGCGAUCCUAAAUAUUGAACAUGUUUAACAUUUAUGAUUGUCAGAUCAAGGAGGGGGGAAAACAAAUCACUUGUAACACAGGCCACACCACAGGUUCAUCGCUCAGGAUAAUCGUUUACUGACAUCCGACAAUCGGGCCUUUGCUGAGUCUGAUCGGAAGGUGCGGGAAUCCUCAAAUUCAGCCCAAUUGUUGGUGCGUACGAAUUGGAUUUCGUUCUGACGAUAACACGAGGAUUUGCCUUCAUGAUUACUGAAGAGGUUUUACAUGCACAAUUGUCACCCUGAAAAUCAACUAUUUUAACACACCCCACACCGGUGGAUGAACGCUCAGGACAAUCUUUUCAAGGCCGAGGAGGACAAAAAAAAAAAUACAAUUCUCCCUUAACACCACAGGAUAUUUUUUCGAAACAUCGACAA